GUCAUCUCCAUGCUGGGCUGGAUUAAGUGCCUGAUGAGGAUGUGGUUUCAGCAAGUUGGGGUCAGCAUGGAGUCACUUAUCAGCCAUGCAACAGAAUGGAGUCCCAUACACUCAGGAGAGGAUGUGGUGGCAUCUUUUGCUGAUGUUGGAUGGGUAGCCACUGAAGAAGGAGAGUGCUCAACAAGACUCAGGACAGAGGUCAGGUCCAUGCCUCCUCUUGAGGAGGACCCUCUUUGCUUUGAGAAGCCCCCAAGCAGGCACAUUUCCUUAUCAAACUUGUCUCAAGACAAGCCUUCUUCAAAGAAGACAUUAGCCAAUGAGGACACCUUGCAGAAGGUCUCUGUACUUGAGAAUGAGUUUGCUGCUCUUACAGUUCAGAUUGCCAAGAUUGUGACCCUGCAGGAGCAACAGAGUCCAAGUGCAGGCUGCUUAGAUUCUUCCACAUCUGUUACUGUAGCACCACCACCUCUCCUUCCCCCUCCAUUGCGCAUGCAUGCGAGUAAGCGCGGCAAGGAGCUGCAGCGAGCAGACAGGACUUUUGAGCGCAGAUACCAACAUUUUGGCGAGCCAUCCAGGAGGCACUCCCGCCCCGCCAUCACUUCUGCUACACUGCUGCACACGCUGCUGCACACGCUGCCACCACCGCCACUGCCACCACUGCCACUGCGCAACCCGAGACUCAAGGACUCCAGCGCUAAGGCUUGCCAGUCGUCCACAAAAAUCCUGGUCCAGGUGGGAUGCUUCUUCUGGCUUUUAAAGCUUCAGCUUUUAUAA